GGUCCUCCAUUUCAACCAUAGAAAUGUAACUAAAUGUCGUGUUACAUUCAUUAUAAACCAAAAAGGAUACAAACAAUAAGUUCAUUAUAUGCCAAAAGUAUAUAUUAUUUGUAAAAUGUCUGUUGAUUACCAUGUGAAAAUUAUUAUGCUCGGAAACAGUGGAGUUGGAAAAACUUCUUUGCUCUUACGAUUCAACCAAGGCGUUUUUAUUGAGGGGCAAGACUGUACAUUAGGAGUAUUCAGGUACCCUAAAACGGUUGUCCUUAAUGACAAAACAAUACAACUUGAAUUUUGGGAUACGGCUGGACAAGAAAGGUACAAAUCAAUAGUCGAUUCAUAUUAUAGGACAGCUGAUGGUGUUCUUUUGGUAUAUGAUACGACAAGAUACUUGACGUUCCUCGAACUUACAAGUUGGUUAAGUCAAAUAAGGGAAUUAAAUAACGAAGCUACGGUAGUCAUAGCUGGAAAUAAAUCUGACCUUGUGAAACAAAACCGGGUUUCUGGUACCACAGUCGAAAAUUUUGCAAGGAACGAGGGACUGGAGUAUAGUGAAACAAGUGCGAAGGACAAUGAAAACGUAGAUGAAGUUUUUGAGAAAUUAAUUCUGAAAAUACUGGAAAAAAAGAGCAUCCCACCGUCACCGGAAGAAUCGUCUGAAGAACCAUCUGAUUGUGCAGACGAAACUCCAGUCAAUUCUGCAGAAAGAUCGACCAAUAUGGUUUCUGCGUCAGUACAAACUGAAGCACCUAUUCGCCUUGAUGACCACCCUAGGGCAACCGAAACUCAAAAACAAUGUAGCUGCUAAUGAUCAUGAGAAGAAGGACCUAAUUGCAUCAUGCUUCGGAUAGUAUGAAAAGGGAUUAUGAUCAGAUAAUAUGUUGUAUAUAUGUAAAACAACAUACAACUUAUCAGGUCGCAUGUUGUUUUAAACAAAAAUUGUGUUUGAUGCAUAAAAGAAUGCAUUUUUUAAAAAUUCUCAUAUGAUUACAAAUUGACAGUUAGAAAUGAUCCUUCUAUCGUCGGUGUUUUUUAUAUGAGGUACUUAACAAAACGAACUAAUUCAGAUAGAUAUGUUUAGCUCCAAUUUCUGAAUUAGUGAUUCUCAUUUAUAAGUGUCUGAAUGAUAACAUUAUUUAAUAAUAAAUACAUGUAUGGAAUUGUAAUUUUCGUAUGCAGUUAUAUUUAACUUUCAAGUGUGUGUAUUUUUUCAUAUAAUGUAUUAUAUUUAUGUAUAAAUAAUGAGCAUAAGAUUGAGGAUUGUAU